AUGGGAAAUGAUUGUACUCAAAGUUGUAAUGUAAAUACUUCAUCAGAAGUUGAUUAGAUAGGAUUCUCUAUAGAUGAAACUGGUAAGAUUAUUAAAGACGAAAUACAAAGAAAUAACAUUAUUUUUUCAUAAGAUGAUAUUAACAUGAAUGCAUCAAAAGCUUAGUUUUUCAAUAUGCAGAAUAACAGUUCAUAUUUUUAGCAGAAUAAAGAUUCAGAAGAUAUAUAAGAUAGUACUAAGCAAUCAAAAUAGGGUAGAAUUAUGUCAUAAAACUAAUAAAUGAACAAAAAGCUUGAAAAAAGACCACCUUAUAAAUUUAAAAAUGGUGCAGUAUAUGAUGGUUAAUGGAAAGGAGUUUUUAGAGAAGGUUAUGGAAUUUAAAUAUGUAAAUAUAUUAUUAAUCUAUAGGGCCGGACGGUGCAAAGUAUGAAGGAGAAUGGAUGAAUAAUCAAGCAAAUGGAAAAGGUAAAUUCAUUCAUGCUGAUGGAGACAUCUAUGAAGGGGAUUGGGUAGAUGAUAAAGCAAAUGGAUAUGGAAUAUAUCUUCAUUUAAAUGGAGCAAAAUAUGAAGGGUUUUGGAAAAAUGAUUAAUAAGAAGGUUAAGGUUCUGAAGAAUGGAUUGAUGGUUCCUACUAUAAAGGUAAUUACAUAAGUGGUAAGAAAAAUGGAUAAGGGUCUUAUUAAUGGAGUGAUGGUUCAACUUAUGAUGGGAAUUGGUUGGAUAAUAAAAUAAAUGGUUUUGGUAUUUAUAAUUGGUGUGAUGGAAGAAGAUAUGAAGGAGAAUGGGUAAACAAUAAUAUGCAUGGUAAAGGAAUUUAUACUUGGAAGGAUGGAAGAAGAUAUGAAGGAGAAUAUUAAUUUGAUAAGAAACAUGGAUUUGGUAAAUUUACAUGGCCAGAUGGGAAAGGUAAUAAAUAAAACUAUCAUUAGCUUAUGAGGGUCUUUGGGCAUAUGGAAAAUAGAAUGGUUAAGGGAAAUAUAUACUUCCUGAUGGAAGUGUUAAGGUAGGAAUUUGGGAAAAGGGAAAUAGAAUUACUUGGUUAGAUGAUGAUUAAACAUAGUUACCUUAAUAGUUGAAAUAACCAUUUUGA